CUGCCCAACAACCAAGGAACAAGAACAAGAAGAAGUUUAGAGGAGGCCCAGACGACCAUAGGAACCGCCAGAGACAGCAGCAGCCCAUACCAGCUUGCCCCACAUGUAGACAGUUUCACCGCGGAGAAUGCCUUGUGGGCCAGAACAUUUGUUUUUACUGCCGACAGCCCGGACAUACCCGUGCCAACUGUCCAGCACGACAGCAACAGUAAUCGCAACCACAGCAACCUCAACAAGAAUAGCAACCCAGGCAACAGCCACCGAGACAACCCCAACAGCAGCAGCGCGGGAAACAGCAGUGAUGAAGAUCGU